UCUCUUCUGCAAGUCCUUUUAGACAGAGAUAGAGAGAGAGAGAGAGAGAGAGAGAGAAAGAGAGUGUUCUUUUAAAACAAAGCCAGAAAGAGAAAGAGAGAGAAAAACUGUGAGCCAUUACAACGUCGUCGUUUUGGAGCUUUUAUAACCACUCUAGUGUUUAGUUUAGUCUAUAAAUUAUAAAACCAAAACCAAAAAAAAAAAAAAAAAACAUUUUUUUUUGUUUUGAUCAGCUAUCAGCUACUACUACUACUACAAGUCUACAACUACUACUUGUAGCUUUUAGGAAACGACGCCGUAAGUCUCUCUUUCUCUCUCGCUUUCUCUUUGAAGAACCCUAAAAUUCUCUCUACUUUUUUAGCCAUAGCUCAGCUCAGCUCAGAUCACAAUCUCUCUUUCUCUCUCUCUCCAAGUCAAACUGCACCUUCUACUUCCUUGGUGGGCCUUUCAGGUAAUGUUUGAACAGAUGUGCUGUAUCGUAGAUUUGGUGGUGUGAGGUGGUUUGAUACAUGAUGAUGUUUAUAUAUGGGUAGAACUACUUUCCACAAAAAGAAUUAACUGAGUGAAUCUUGGUGGCUGGAUUUUUAAUGCCUGGUAACGAAGUUGAAGAGAGGAUCCAUAAUUUAUAUGAGCUAGACAAUUCUUCCCAAGGCCAGUAUCACACUCAAGCUUUGGAUGGAAAUUGGCCAGUUCUUAACUACAAUCAGUGGGUUGGAAAACAGAGGCAGAUUGGGGAAGCUCCAAGUUUCAAGCUGAAAAACAGCAACACUCAACAAUUAGAUUCUUUGUUCAACCAAACCCAUACACAGUUGACGCCAAGACCUGAGUAUCCCAACAGUUACUCCCGAAACCAGCAGCUGAAUUCAAAUGGAUAUAUGUUUGGACGCCAGCAAUUCCAGGCAAGCCAAAGUCAACCAGAGUUUUUGGGGGAAAAUACAAUUUAUGAUCCACAUAAUUUAACUUCCCGAGGCAUCUCUUUCCUUAUACCACAGCAAGAAAAUGCAUCUGGGGACAGUCCCACCUUGACAACAAAUUCAGAAAGGUCAGAAAUUACUGAAUCUUCCACUGACUUUAACUUUGUUGGUGGGAAGCAUCAGUUUGUGAGAGGCCAACAACCAGAUACAACACAAACUCACCUAAUGCAGCAGUCUGGAUACAGUGAUAUGCAGAUGCUGCAGCAGCACAGAAUGUUCAAGCAGUUGCAGGAACUUCAGAGGCAGCAACAACUUCAGCACUUUGGUGACCCAAGGCAACAGAAUUCUUCAAACCAGAUUUCUGCAUUGACUAAACAGGUUACUGGGGCUCAGAUUUCACCUGUCAUCAAUGGAACACCUGUUAAUGACUCAUCACAAAUGUUUAUGAACUGGAUGCAGCGAGGUACGCCUCCCACUGCUCAAGGUGUAUCUAACAGAGUUAUAUUUUCACAAGAUCAAGGUCAGGCUUUGCGUUCCAUUGGUCUGGCUUCUCAGCAGCCUGAUGUAUCUUUAUAUGGUACUCCGAUCACAAGUGCAAGAGGAAAUAUGGGCCAAUAUUCCCAUCUCCAAGGGAUGUCUCAUGAUUCUACCAAUCUGUUGACCAAGGCUAGUGGUCAAACACAGAAACCUAUGAUGCAGUCAUCAGCCUUCAGUAACACCUUUGUAGGUGAUCAGGUUAAUGUUUCUUCAGAUCGGGUUUGCUUCCCCCAAGGAGGUUUCAUACCCAAACAAGGACUUCAGGGAAAAAAUGUUUUUGGACAGGUUCCUAUUCAGGGUUUGAGUAGUGGAGUUAUUUCGGGGAACAUCCAGCUGGGGAAUACUUUACAAAAAAAUGCAUCCCCAGUGGAAUUUAAUGGGAGGCAAGAGCAAGCUGGUUGGCCUGGAACCUUGCAGCAAAAGAUGCAGCUUGGCCCUUCUCAGGGUUUGGUUCCCCUAGAUCCGAUGGAAGAGAAGAUUCUGUACAAUAUGGAUGAUAACAUGUGGGAUGCUUCUUUUGGCAGGCGCAAUGACAUAGGUGCUGGAGGUUUUGGGCCUACAGUGGAACAUACAGAUUAUUCAAAUACAUUUCCUUCCUUACAAAGUGGAAGCUGGAGUGCUCUUAUGCAGUCUGCUGUAGCAGAAGCUUCUAGUAGUGAUACUGGACUACAGGAGGAGUGGAGUGGCUUGACUUUUCAAAAUACAGAACCCUCAACUGACAAUCAGCUGUCAAAUGCUAUGGGUAGUGAAAAGCAACAAACGGGUUGGCUUGAUAGCAACCUGCUGGUUACCUCCUCAAAUUCUAAACCUUUUCCUGUGUUUAAUGAUUCUAGUGUGAACUCUAGUUUUCCCGGCUUUCAGCAGUCAGGUGUCCAAUUCUCGAUGGAGCAGAGAGAUGCAUUGCGCUCAGUUGACUCUCAUGAAUCAAUUCAGAAAUCCACCAAAAACACUGGUGAGUGGUUAGAUUGCAAUCCUAAACAAAAGCCAUCCAUUGAAGGAAUUCAACCUGUACAACCGCUUAUGCAUUUGGACAAUGCAUGGGCUGGUCAGAUUUUCGAGCACCCAGAAACGGAUGCCCAUCAGCUGAGAAUAGCCUCAUGUAACAAUGUUAGCCAAACAUGCAGUGGACCAAAAGGUGAUGUUAAUGAAGCUACUACAUACAAGGAGAGGGAUUCUGAGGAAUGUCCGUGGGAGGCUGAUAGUAAUUGUGGGGUAAGUUCUUUUUCUAGAUCAACUGGAGGAUUGGAGCAAUUACACUCUGGCACGGAUAGUACUCUACCCAACAGAGAAGGUUCUCAGAUAUUUAACUUUGCUGCUCUACCAAAUUCAAGCCCUUCUAAGGCCUGUCAGGAAACAAGUCAACAAGUCCAACAUAGUAAUCAACUUGAUUACGUUAAGCAUGUUGAUGUAUCUAUGAACAAGGAAAAUCAGAGCAUGGAAAAAAACCAGCGUCAGAUGAGUAAUGGUUCUCAUGUUUUGCAUAACUAUCAUGUGGGAGCAGGUGGAAUGUAUGAGAUGCAGCAGAACUACUGCCAAAAGGACAACUCUUAUGAAAACUAUGGUUCCAAAGGAUUGGGCAGGCGAGAGCAAGAACAUGCAGGGCAGCUCAAAUUCAUUGGUAAUGUUUCUAGCAGUGCUAUGAACCUGGAUAAGGGGCACUUACACGAUUUUCAUAAAUGGGGUGGUCAAGGACACUCAAAAGCCUCAGAGAAGGUGCCUUCUAGAGGUGAUCUUGAUAAAUCUACUACCUUUGACAGAUCAGUUGGUCCUCAUUGUGCAAAUGCUACUGGUCAAACAAGUGAAAACAUGCUUGAGCUUCUUCAUAAGGUUGACCAGUCAAAGGAGAACAGCACAAUACCUUAUCUUGGAGCUAGAGGCUAUAAUUCAUUAGUGCCUGAGGGAGAAAUGCCAGAUGCGUCUGUUUCUCAACAGUAUCAUCAUCAGUCUCCUGCUUCUCAAGGCUUCACUUUGAAAUUGGCUCCCCCAUCUCAACAGUUGUCCAAUGUGAACCCUUUUAUCUCAUUUUCGGAAGUAGCAAGUAAUAUGAAUUUCAGGCAAGCCAAUUCUGAGUUAGGAGAGAAAAGCCAGACCUGGUUUGCUUCCCCAUCCGUUCAGUUUUUGCCUUCAUCACAGGAGUCAACUCAAAGAGCACAUUGGGAUAAUAAAGUUUGUGCUUCAGGGCAGGCAAGCAUCCCCUCAUCUUCAUAUAUGCAUGGAAGUUCUGUUGCAACUUUUACAUCUAGUCCCCCAUAUAUAAGAAGUCAGGCUCAAAUGCAACUCAUGCCCAAUGCACCUGUAGCACGUCCAUCUUCACAGGCAACAUUUCCUGGUACAGUUAACAGAUAUCCACCCUUCAACCUUGCUCAAGAUAGUUCUGCACAGAUAAGUGCCAAUUCUUCUGGUAUGUCAGUCAUGCACCAGCAGGAUGCAUUUUCAGCGAAACCACAAAAUGUGUGGACAAAUGUACCCAUUCAACGUCUUCCUUGUGUGGAAUCUCAGAAGGUUCCCUCUAUGGAUACAUCAACAAAUAGAAUGGAAACUUCAUUGGCUGCACAGGGGCUAAAUGAUCAAAAUUCCCUGAAAGUUGGAUAUGGUUCAUCAGAAUUCCCUGCACGUCCUAUGAAUGUACAAGGCUCUGAAGAUGGGGCAGAUCAACUGGGGAAAGAGAGGUCCCAGCUACGAGUAUCAUCUGGGAUACUUGAUGUUUCAUCGACAGAUAGUUUGGCAACGGAUAUCCCUGAUGGAAAUGCUUUUGCCUCUGGCUCAUUGUUGGCUCAUUCACUCCAGCAAGACCUUGUAAGAAUGCAAUACGAAGACAACAAUGCCCCUGCUGCCUCUGAUACAAAUGUUGGGUCUAUUGGCCAUUCUUUAAAACCAUCACAUGUUCUCCAUCCGAAUUACUCUUUAAUGCACCAAGUGCAGACAAUGAAGGAUGUUCGGCAUGAUGGACAGCAGUGCAUAUAUGAACAUGUUUCCAGGUCCAGAAACCAAAUGGAUACUGGACUGACUUCAGCAUCCCAGCUCAACUCAUUAUCAUCUGUGGAACCCAAGAUGCAAGGCUUCUUGACAGAAGCAAGAGAAGAUUCUGGCAUAAAUGUUUCACCAAAGCCUGCUCUCGUAGAUAGACCUCAUGAGAUUGUUGCAUCUGGUCAAAGUGAUUCUCAAAGUCAAUUUAUUAGUAGUAAUGUGGUAUCUAGUCAUGCAGAACAUCCGCAGGUUAAUCUGCCCGUGGCACCCUCCUGGUUUAAACAGCAUGAAACUUUCAGAAAUGGGCAGAUGCAACCAAUGUAUGAUGCAAGACUUGCAAAGACUGCUGCAGGACAGUUCUUUCUUGGGAAGCCGUCCCAGAAUUUGGAUACAUUUUCAUCUGUGGAACGGAUAGAUGCUGAUGCUAGUCAGACUGGCAGAGCUUGGCUCAACCCAGCAGCCCAGCAGCUCAAUCCAUUAUCAGCCCCUUAUUUGUUGCCUUCAGCUGACACUGAUCAAUGUAUGGCUAUUGUGAGACCAAAGAAGCGCAAAACGGCAACGUCUGACCUUCCACCAUGGCACAAAGAAGUCACACAUGGUUCUCGAAGGGUUCAAAAUAUCAGUGUUGCAGAACAUGACUGGGCGCUAGCGACAAAUCGACUUAUAGAGAAGGUGGAAGAUGAUGUUGAAUUCAUUGAAGAUGGGCAGUCAAUGCUGAGAUCAAAGAGAAGACUUACCUUGACAACACAGCUUAUGCAGCAAUUGCUUUGCCCAGCACCAGUGUCCUUUCUCUCAGCAAAUGCUGCUUCACAUUAUGAUACUAUGGCAUACUUUGUUGCUAAGCUAUCACUAGGGGAUGCAUGCUGCUUGAACUCUCACACAAGAAAUGGUUUGUCUCGUGUACCACUGAACAACAAUAACUUGAUUUCAGAGAAGCUCAAAGGUUUUGAGAGUAUCGAUGAUCGCUUUUCAGAAGUUGUGGAAGACUUCAGCAGUAGAGCAAAGAAGCUGGAAAAUGACUUAUUAAGACUGGACAAGGCAGCAGCAUCAAUUUUAGAUGUAAGAGUGGAAUGCCAGGAGUUGGAAAAGUUUUCUGUCAUCAACCGAUUUGCCAAAUUCCAUGUCCGACCAGCAGAUUCCUCCGCGACCUCAUCUUCACCUAGUACUGCCCCUGCACCAAAACCCUCUCCUCAGAGAUAUGUCAUUGCGCAUCCAAUACCUAAGAAUCUACCAGAGGGGGUACCAUGUCUUUCACUGUGAUUAUCAAUUACAUGAUCCCCUUCCCAAUUGAAUGCUCCUUUCAUUUAAGCUAUACAUUCCAUAUCCUGCCCACCUCUGAUCUCUUUCAUCAACAUAUGUACUGGCACCAUGAAGGAAGAGGAUUUAUUGACAGAAUGCAAAGCCAGUCAACCCCCAAGUAAAAGGCCACUCGUUCAAUCUUGAGCGGAGGUUGAUUGUUGUCAUUUUUGAGGAAGUACAUAUUAUUUCUUGUAUAUUUUGAUGAAUUUCCAAGGAGAAUAGGUAGUGCCAUAAGUAAUCUUUUGAAAUAGCAAAGAGGUCUUUGGUAUGGAUGUGCCUCUAGUCUCAAGUUGUUACAUAUAUACAUAAUUUAUAGGUAUAUCUGUUUAGCUAUGGUUUUGUAGUUUUUUUUUUUCUUUUCCCUACUUUUUGCCCCCCCCAACCCACUUUUCAGGUUGGUUCUGCAUUGAGCUGGGAGACAGGAGUGUUGGCAUCUUGAAGAGCAAGCAAUUAGUUAGUCAAAUAAAAUAUUUUAGAAAGGUACAGCUCUUUGUAAUUUAUAUAAUGAAGUUUUAUCAGAUGCUUCCCUGAAGAAUCCCCAACAAACAUGGAAAAUUAUUAAAAGCUUCUGUGACCUUUGCACUUGUUCAUUAAUUAUUUUCUUCUCCCU